UUGUAGGCUAUUUAAUCCUUGAGAUAUUUUAUAUUUGCUCAAAACUCUUUGUAGUUUUGCUAUAACUGUGGUACUUAUAAGUACCAAUAAGUUUUUGGUUUUGCCCCAGUCCUAUAAUUUAUUAUUACAUAGUGCUAUGGAGUACUCGAUUGUAAUCGUUCAGUCACGUUAUUUCGCGGUCAAAUGCAACCGAUUUCUUAGACAAUUUUCUCAGAAAAAUAUAUCUCGGAGUAUAUCUCUAUUUAUUUCACAAACAUUAAUUUCCAUUUAUAGAUUUAUCAGGGCCCUGUGGUUCACAUCCAAAGGAGACGUCCCAUUGCUUCAUGAACACAGCUCCUGUUGUGUUCACACUGUCGGCCUUUUGAUGAGCACAGGCAGGGGAGUAAAGUCCAGGACCAAGGGCAGAUUAUUAACCUGUCUAAUCUGGUCCCCUUCUGUCUCUCGCUCUCCCAUAAAACCAGCGCUCCACGUCCAGCCGGGUCUCGGGUCUCACGUGGCCUCUGGGAGACAGCAGCACAGAGCCCCGCACAUCCUUCAAGGGCCAAUGAAUCAGUCAGAAACUGCAGAGGAGCUUAAGCUCCCAUCUUCAGGUAGAGUUGUGCCAGCAGAUGGUACAGAAGUACAGGAGAUGCCUGCUGACAUUGCCAAGAUGUCUGAUGGGAGUCAGAAUCAGCCUGCAGGAUUUGAUAUGAUCUACAGAAUCGAGGAUGUCCCGCCUUGGUAUCUGUGUGUGUUGCUGGGACUGCAGCACUACCUGACAUGCUUCAGUGGAACUAUUGCUGUACCAUUCCUAUUGGCAGAAGCCAUGUGUGUGGGGCAGGACCAGUACACUGUCAGCCAGUUAGUGGGCACCAUCUUCACCUGUGUGGGGAUCACUACGCUCAUACAGACUACAUUUGGUGUCAGGUUGCCUUUGUUCCAGGCAAGUGCUUUUGCCUUUCUCAUCCCUGCUCAGGCAAUUCUGAGGCUGGACAAAUGGAAAUGUCCUCCUGAAGAGGAGAUUUACGGAGAUUGGUCUCUUCCUCUCAACACUUCUCAUGUUUGGCAACCACGAAUGCGAGAGAUUCAGGGCGCUAUCAUUAUCUCUAGCAUGAUUGAGGUGGUCAUAGGGUUUGCUGGAAUCCCUGGGAUCCUGCUUAAUUCAAUCGGACCCCUGACGGUCACUCCCACAGUGUCCCUUAUCGGCUUGUCUGUCUUCCAGACGGCAGGAGACCGCGCAGGCAGUCAAUGGGGCCUGUCUCUGCUGUGUGUCUUCCUCAUCGUGUUGUUCGCUCAGUAUCUAAGGAACUGGGCCUGUCCUUUCCCAAGCUACUCCAAACAAAAAGGCUGUCACAUCACACAUGUGCAGAUAUUCAAGAUGUUUCCAAUCAUCAUGGCAAUCAUGGUGGUAUGGCUGGUUUGCUACAUUCUCACCCUGACGGAUGUGCUGCCGAAUGACCCAAAUAAGUACGGCUACAAGGCUCGCACUGACGCGCGGGGCGAUAUUAUGACCCAGGCGCCGUGGUUUCGUUUCCCCUAUCCAUGUCAGUGGGGUUUACCCACAGUGACGUUAGCAGGAGUGCUAGGAAUGUUUAGUGCCACUCUAGCUGGUAUUGUUGAGUCUAUUGGAGACUAUUAUGCCUGCGCUCGUCUCUCUGGAGCUCCACCUCCUCCUGUUCACGCUAUAAAUAGGGGGAUCUUUACAGAGGGAGUGUGCUGUAUCAUAGCGGGGCUGCUGGGCACAGGAAAUGGAUCGACCUCUUCCAGUCCUAACAUAGGGGUGCUUGGCAUCACCAAGGUGGGAAGUAGGAGGGUGAUACAGUAUGGAGCAGGCAUAAUGCUGUUAUUGGGAACUAUUGGGAAGUUCACCGCCCUGUUUGCUUCCUUACCUGACCCUGUCCUCGGAGGGAUGUUCUGCACCUUGUUUGGCAUGAUUACAGCUGUUGGACUGUCAAACCUACAGAGUGUGGAUCUGAACUCCUCCAGAAAUCUUUUUGUUCUGGGUUUCUCCAUGUUUUUUGGCCUCAUGUUGCCUAAUUACCUGGACACUCAUCCAGGCAGCAUUAAAACAGGUGUAGCAGAGCUGGACCAAAUCAUCACAGUGCUCCUGACAACAGAGAUGUUUGUAGGGGGAUUCAUAGCAUUUGUACUUGAUAACACAAUCCCAGGCACUAGAAAAGAGCGAGGUCUCGUAGAAUGGGCGGCUGAGAGUUAUUCAGGAGCAGGAACAGUAAAAACAGAUACAUAUGACUUUCCAAUUGGGAUGAGGCAGGUCCGGAAGCUGGGGUGUCUGCGCUACCUGCCAAUCUGUCCCACUUUCCGAGGCUUUAAGCCAUCAUGUCGCAAAUAUGAAGAAGAGGAGGACAUAAAAAUAAAGGAAGGUGUGAUUGAUGCUCCAGCUGAAGUGGUCUGCACCAAAAUUUAGCCAUAUUUUUUAUUUGACUUGGUUUAAUGUAAUGUAUGCUGUUUGGUUGAAGCUGAACCUUUUUCAAAGCUGAGCACCAAUUUUGCUGUCAAGAUUUUUGAUUUAUUUCUUCAAUUUUGCAUCUAAAACAGACAAGGAAAAUGCACCAUUAGAGAAUAGGGUGCAUAUAUUUAAAGGAAAACUUGAAUGAACAGUUUGAGAACAAAGGGUCUCUGUUCUUUUAACAUCAAACCAAAUGUAAGAUUUGAUUUGAUUAUAAAGCAUUAGGUAUUUUAUUGAAAUUACUUCAUAAGAAAAUGUUUAUUUUUAUUUUUAUUUAUUACCUCUUGAUUGUGUACAAAAGAUGCAAGUGAUUAACACUAAACAAAAUAAAUGUUUAGCUUCAGAAAAUAGUGAAAAAUUACAUAUUUAAAAUACACAGAAAUCAUCAUUUAUAUACAUAUUAUUGUAACUAAUAAUGUUUAUAAAUACUAAAAUUGUACUAUGUAUUCCAUAAGAGCCAUACAACAAAUGAUCAUGGGGACAUUCAGUUUUGACAAAGCUCAAGUUAUUUUGUAUUAAAAUAUAACUUUAAUGUCUUCCUGUCUGUUUAAAACAUUUUUGUCCGUGCACAUUACAAAAAGGUUCAAAAGGUUAGAAAAACAUCAUGUAUUAUGAACUAACAAUUAAGAUUUUUGCAGCAUUUAUUAACCUAAUUUAUACAUCUUAAAUAUUAAAGUGUUAAAAAUGUAUGGGUAAAUGUAAAAUUAACAAAGAUUAGUAAAUGCUGUAAAAGUACUGUUCAUUGUCAGAUUAUGAUAACUAACAUUAUUAACCAAUUUUAACCGACUGAACCUUAUUGUAAAGGAUUACCAAUUCACUCUUCAUGACAUUUUUAACAACAAACAGAAAUGCAGCAAUAAACAUGGGAACUAAAACAUUA